GCCGCUGUCACGAUAGGAUGUGUAUGUUUACGUUUCCGCGAUGAUUACGAUUCGACCCCCAUAGAGGUUAUGUUUAUGCGCGCCGUGCGAGGACGAUGCACGUCUCUACGCACCGGCAUUCCUAAGGAUCAUCGCUUCCGAAUGUCCAAGUGCCCCGCGAAACGUCAGCCUAACGAUAUUACAAGAGUUUCGUGAGGUUUUGCCAACAGCGCCAUUGCCCGAAUGCUCCGAAAAUUGCGGCGAAAAAUAUAAAUGCGUAAGAGCGUUGGGUCUUAGUCCAUCGCAAACAUAGUUUGUGCGGUAGUGUUUGUGUGAAGGGCCAUCGAAAAAGGCCGCGGCGGUGGGCUUCCGAGAUGAGCUAUGAAUCUGGGCUGCCUGGUAGCCACUGUCUUCGUCCUUCAGCUGCUCCAGCUGCCCUCGGUGCUCGACGCUCUACCCUCGGUCGUCAAAAUCGGUGCUAUAUUCACUCAUGACCAAAAGGAUAGCAGCACAGAGCUGGCCUUCAAGUACGCCGUUUACAAGAUCAACAAGGACAAAAUUAUCUUGCCAAAGACCACACUGGAGUACGACAUCCAGUACGUGCCAAAAGAUGAUUCCUUCCACGCAUCGAAGAAGGCGUGCCAGCAGGUCAAGUACGGCGUCCAGGCGGUUUUCGGACCCUCGGAUCCUAUCCUGGGUCAGCACAUACACAGCAUCUGCGAUGCCCUCGAUAUUCCACAUCUCGAGGCCAGGCUGGACCUGGACGCGGAGGCCAAAGAGUUCAGCAUUAAUCUCUAUCCCGCACAAAGUCUGCUCAACAUCGCUUAUCAAGACGUCAUGGAGUCUAAUUGGACCAAGGUGGCGAUCAUCUACGAGGACGAUUACGGAUUGGUGAAACUACGACAGCUCGUGAGAUCACCGAGAAUCCGUGACAUGGAAAUCAGUCUCAGGCAGGCGGAUCCAAAUUCGUACAGACAGGUUCUCUCCGAGAUGAAGAGCAAGGAGUUUCAGAAUCUCAUCGUAGACACGAGGCCCGAGCACAUGCAUCGGUUUCUACGAAUGAUCCUGCAGCUGCAGAUGAAUGAUUACAAGUACCACUACCUCUUCACGACUUUCGAUAUCGAAACCUUCGACCUCGAGGACUUCAAGUACAAUUUUGUCAAUAUCACUGCCUUUCGUUUGGUCGACGCGGACGAUCUCGGCGUACGUAGUAUCCUGAGGGACAUGGAGCGUUAUCAACCGUCGGGGAACACGAUUCUCAAUAAAUCCAGGAUCAUUCAGGCCGAACCAGCGUUGAUGUACGACAGUGUACAGGUGUUCGCGGUGGGAUUACGUACCCUGGAGCAAUCCCAUGCUCUAAGGCCCGCCAAUAUUUCCUGCGAGCUCGAGCACCCCUGGGACGGAGGAUUGUCUCUCAUCAACUACAUUAACUCGGUCGAGAUGAAAGGGAUCUCCGGACCAAUUGAAUUUAAAGAAGGACGCAGAAUACAGUUUAAAUUGGAUCUGCUGAAACUGAAACAGCACUCGCUCGUCAAGGUCGGCGAAUGGCGUCCCGGAGCAGGCGUCAACGUUACAGAUACCGCUGCUUUCUUCGAGUCUGGCAUCAGGAACGUAUCUCUGAUCGUGAUCACUAUUCUGGAGCAGCCGUAUGUGAUGCUGAGAAGCGGAGGAAAUUUUAGCGGAAAUGCGCGCUACGAGGGCUUCUGCAUCGACCUGCUGGAGAAGAUAGCGGAGAUGGUGGGCUUCGCUUACAAGAUCGAGCUCGUGCCGGACGGCAAGUAUGGCGUUUACGAUUACGAGACCGGCGAAUGGAACGGAAUAGUGCGCCAGCUGAUGGACAAGAAGGCUGAUCUGGCUGUCGGUUCGAUGACAAUCAACUACGCGCGGGAGAGCGUCAUCGACUUCACGAAGCCUUUCAUGAAUCUGGGCAUCUCGAUCCUCUUCAAGGUACCGACCAGGCAUCAAGCGCGACUCUUCUCUUUCAUGAAUCCAUUAGCGAUCGAGAUCUGGCUGUACGUUUUAGCAGCGUACAUUCUGGUCUCGGUGACGAUAUUCGUCGUGGCUCGUUUCAGUCCCUACGAAUGGAACAAUCCGCAUCCGUGUCACGCCGGGCCGGAAAUUGUCGAGAAUCAGUUCUCUUUAUCGAAUAGCUUCUGGUUCACCAUCGGAACUCUCAUGCAGCAGGGCAGCGAUUUAAAUCCCAAGGCUACAAGCACGCGUAUCGUGGGCGGCAUAUGGUGGUUCUUCACCUUGAUCAUCAUCUCGUCGUACACUGCAAAUCUAGCGGCUUUCCUCACUGUGGAAAGGAUGAUUACGCCGAUAGAAAAUGCCGAAGACCUCGCCAGCCAAACGGACAUUGCAUACGGAACUCUCGAAAGCGGAAGCACAAUGACUUUUUUCAGGGAUUCGAUGAUCGAGACGUACAAGAAAAUGUGGCGAUUUAUGGAAAACAAGAAGCCAUCGGUAUUUGUGCCAACCUACGAAGAGGGUAUCCAACGUUCUUCAGGUGAUUAUGCCUUUCUGAUGGAGUCAACCAUGCUGGAUUACAGCGUCCAAAGAGAUUGCAAUCUCACACAAGUCGGCGGAUUUUUGGACACUAAAGGAUAUGGAAUCGCUACCCCCAUGGGCUCACCAUGGCGGGACAAGAUAUCUCUGGCAAUUUUGGAGUUGCAAGAGAAAGGUGAAAUUCAGAUGCUGUAUGACAGAUGGUGGAAGAGUCCGGGGGAUACUUGCAUGAGGACGGAAAAGGGAAAGGAGAAUAAAGCCAACUCUCUAGGCGUCGACAACAUAGGGGGAAUCUUCGUGGUCCUACUGUGCGGCUUGGCAUUCGCCGUGCUCAUAGCGAUCUUCGAGUUCUGCUACAAUUCCAGGAGGAAUGCACCGGCGGAACGGCAGAGGCCUCCGAUUCCUUCGCCUACUUCCGGCUCUCUUCAGGGGAUUUCUCAGGCCGUGCAGCAACAGCAGCAGCAGCAACAAUGCCAGCAUCAACACCAGCACCAACCGCAUCAGCAACAAUCGAAUCAACAGCAGGAGUCACUCUGCUCGGAGGUGGCGCGCGAGCUCUGUCGUGCCUUACAUUGUCACGCGUCGUCUCGACGUCAACGCACCUGCGACAAGUGCUCCACGCACGUGAUUGGCUACCCGGACAAUCCCACUGCCACCCUAAAUGGGAUGAGAUCCCAGAGAAGCAGUCUGGCCGUACCUGUAGUCGAACUGCCUCCACACAUCCACAUGCAUCAUCACGCACCGCCGCAUGACUAUGACGGCAAUUAGAGGGUUGUCUUAAUUAAGUAAAGCAAACCUCGACGACAUUAAUUGUUAACCAGGAAUAAGUACAAAGCGUAUCACACACGCACGCGUCACGAAGAGCAGUUAUGCGAUCGAUUUGUUGAUAGAGAACUCCUGCCGAGAAAGGUAUAGUAUUUCGGCGUUCCGGACAAUUUUGCACAAUAUAUUAAAUAAUAAAAAAAAGUGUUCGCAUCGCGUUUCUGACGUUUUCGCGAGUGCGAACUUUUCAAACGCUUUUUGUAAAUCAACGUGCGUCGCUUUUUCGCACACAUUUGAUAAGUCUGUCGAAAAAAAAAAAAUUCGUCGACCCGAUACUCCGAUCUAUAAAUUAUUGAUGAAGUAAUAGUAACGUAGCUCUAAAUUGACUUUUUUCGGCCGCAAAUUUUGUACGAUUAAUUAAUUCACGAAAUGAUAUAAUUAUUCUGAGACGAAAUAAUGUAUCUGACACUUUAAUCAAAUGGGAUAACGUAAUUCAAUAUAGAAUAUAAAAAUCCUAAAUCGAAAAAUUAGGUCUAAUUUAUUAAUUUUCGAUCGUGUCGAAGAAAAUUUUUUCCUUCAUGUGAUGCAAUCAAAAUAAUUUUUUUUAACGUACGAAUAAUUAAACAUUUUACAUAAAUGGACUGUAAACGCUUUAUUCUCAAAAUUACAUUUUCGUGCAAAUUCUCAUCCUGUAAAAUAACUUAAAUAUAAUCUACGAAAGAAUGUAUAAAAAUGGAGUUUUUCUCUGAUCACAUCUGGAGGUGAAAAUUAUCUGGCGAAACGAGUUCUUUCCAUUCUUUUUGCGUGUACAGUCUCGUUUAUGUUAAGUCUUGAAUUAUUACAAGAAUCGAGCAUUGCGAGAUAGCAAUCGAUCAGACCCUCAAUUCUCCUUCAACCGACACGAUAUCAAGUUCCAUUAAGAGAGUAGAGUACGCUAAAUCUUUAACGAUAGACGAUGAAAAAACCUUCCGUCCCACGUUUAGAGAGAACUAAAUCAUCUAAUAUAUCGUGAUCAUCGAUAUCUCUGAUUGUUCGAAGACACCUUGUCAAUGCGUUCUCUCUCUCUUUCUUCCUUUCUCACUUUCCCUAUCAGAGACUGCCUAAAGUGUAAGGUAACUUGCGAACUAUAUUCUGUAAAUAUCGCCGCGGAUAAAAAGCAGAGCAAUCAAAUUCGUAAUGGGAAUAUUUUAUGCAAAAAAAAAAAAAAAACGUGAGUUAUGCGAGUGAGUAAUCAUUAGUACUAAUCGAGUACGACAAAGUAGAUGUUUGGUGUCAUGUAACGUGUGCUGUAACAAUGCUGGAUAGUCGGCGAAUUAAAUGUAAGAUAAGAGAAUCAUCGCUGUUUCUUCUCUUUCUA